CAUAAAAUGAGCAAGCGAGCACCACAACUCUAUCCCCUUCUUCGAUCAGGUUUGUUCAGAAAAAAAUGAUCACGCUUAGUGCAAACAGCGUUUCUCUAUUAUCUAAUGCCAAGUUCUGAUCAGUGAUGACGACCAAAAAACAAAUUUUAUCACUUUAAUAUUCGUAGAUCACAAGAGUACGCCUUAAACGCUAUGUUAUAGUCAGUGAUUCACAUAUCAAUUCUUUUAUUCCAUACCUUGAAUCAUCACCAUGCAUCCCUUCAACUUCAACGAUUUCAGACUUAGGACGCCUUUGAUGCUCAGAUGAUUUAACGAGAUUAGAAUUCUUGGUGGUCGGUCAAACCGUUUAAUGUUCAGCCUGAGGCUAGACGUGUCAAUGAAAUCAUUUCAAGGGAUUACUUGGGAAUUAUUAUCGUCUCUAUCUCAAUACAUUUAAAAGAAUAGAACCUCAGGAAUAUCUCUUUUCUUUAAAUGCCAUAGAGCUUGAUUUCAGCUUUGCUCAUUCUGACGUUCCAGUCAAUAGAUUGAUUCACAACCAAGCAUCACCAUCCCUAAAAGGACAUGUCUCUCUAAGAAUGGGGAUUCCAUCUCAUCUGCAAAAUAUUAUGGACAACAUGAUUGUCUUUUUUUCCUUGCUUCACAAUAUUCCAGAGGGGAAAGGCUGACAAAGAGCGUCGUCCCUGUUUGACAGGACCAAACACGUCCUACAUACGAACGAAGUAGGUACGUCCGUUCGCUCGAAAAUGGCCUUUCGAGAUCUGAGGAGCUUGACCGAAAUGAUGAGAGCCUUAGGCUAUCCUCGAUUGAUAUCCCUCGAGAACUUCAGGCAACCCAAUUUCCAGCUGGUGGCCGAGAUGCUAUCAUGGUUGGUGAAACGCUUCGAGCCAACCUCCGACCUGCCCACCGAAAUCGACUCGGAACAAGACCGAGUCAUCUUCAUUCGAUCCGUGGUGCAGUUUAUGGCCUCAAAAGCUCAUAUCAAGCUUCACGCCAAGAAACUCUACCAAGCUGACGGUCACUCCGUCAAGGAAGUGAUCAAGGUUGCCUCCGUUCUCUAUGACGCCAUGAAGCUGAACAUCACGGACAAUUUAAACGACAAUGAGGAUUCCAGCCAUCUUCCAACUUUCGACAUUGGCUCGAAAGUAAUGGAGUUAAAGCAAACCCGCCAACUUGGCACUCAGAUCACCACCAAAGGAGCCACGCUCUACGAUCUCUUGGGAAAAGAAGUAGAGCUCCGAGAGAGACGGUCCAAUGUGCUGGCACGACAGCUCGAGAUUACAGACGUUGAACAAGCCCUUAAGGCAUCACUUAAGUCAGUUGGCGAGGACAUUAAGGCAACCAAUCAUAAUAUCGAAAAUGUAGCCUCCAAUGAAGCUAACUUGGAGGCCAAGAUCGAAAAGAAAAAGGUCGAAUUGGAGCGAAACCAAAAAAGACUAAUGACUUUGAAGAAGGUCCGACCAGCUUUUAUGGACGAAUAUGAAAAGCUGGAGGGAGACCUUAAGAAACUCUAUGAAGAGUACAUUCUCCGAUUCAGAUGCAUGGCAUUCUUGGAGCAGCAAGUCGACGAACUGGAUCGCGUGGAACAGGACCGCAAAGAGGAACGCGAAUUAGCCACACGCCGAAUUUUAGAACGGAUGAGGCAGGAAGAAAGUGGCAUGAAACCACGUGGUGGAACGGGGAUGGGAGAAAGAGGUUUGGAUUCGGAUCUAUCCUCGGAUCAAGACUCCGACUCUGACGAUGACGACGACGACGAUGAUGAUGACGAGGACGAUCUAAGCAUCGAAGAUGAGAAGAAAGGGCCCAUGCCGAUAAAGUCCAAGAAACACAAUGGCCGUCCCAACGGGCCAGGAUCGCAAAGACGCGUUAUGGGGACUAUGCUUGGCGAAGACGAGGACGAUUCGGCGAGCUUGGAUUCCGAUUCGGACCUCAUUUUAGAUGGAAACAAUGCUGGAACCAAUUCAGACGACGACGAAGACGAGCUCGAGGUGAACGAAAUGGCCGCGGCGAGCUUAAGAGCGCGUAAGUCGGCCAAACCUCAGACGGCCGCUCCGGGAACUGCCGUGACCAACAGUGACGAGGAUUUUUGAAGACAUCAACACACUCAUUUGCACUCUGUUAGCAGCUCCUGAUAAGUCAAAUCUGUUUGCGACUCAAAAAAAUUCCAGCAGCCAGUAUUGUUGUCGCGUUCGAUUUUUCGGGUCGGGUUUACUACCACUAUCUGACCCAUAAGCACAAGGAGUGUUCCACCAGUCCAGUACUAGUUAGCAAUUUCCCGGUGGAAGCAGAUUGAUCACAUCAGUAUUAGUAAAAGCCAAACCAUGAGUGACAAUAACAAAAAAGUGUUAUUUCUAAACUAGGUCUAAGCAAUACAACAGACAUAAUUCAGAAAAAUGAAAAUCCGAGCUAAGAAUGAGAUCGGAACCAGCCCGGCACAUCUUGGAAUGAGGGAGGAUGGGAGGCAGUGCGAUUGAUCUGCGAGAAUGGCUGAGGAGCUAAAGUUGUUUUAUUCUUUCCUUUCAUUCUCUAGAACACUGCUGUGGUUUCAAGAUGUUGGAUGUUGGAUAACAUUCUUCAAUUGAGUCUUGGAUUAUUUUCUAUGGCCUGAAAUGUCUUCUUCGAGCACGUGGUUGAUUGAACAUAGGGCGCGUUACGACGAACUGGCUGACUUGAGGUAAGCGAUCAAGUCCUCACGGUCGCCUUUCUUCUUCAGGCCUGCGAACACCAUCUUGGUACCGGGAAUGUACUUUUUGGGGUUCGUUAGAUAGAUAUCCAAAGUCUC